CUGGCGCAUGGAGGCACCCUUCUCUCGAUCUCUGUGCCACCGCCAUCAUCCACUAUAAAGACCUACCUGUGGCGUGUGUCCACCACGCUACCUUUCUAUUACUCUCUGUUUCUGUAUCUACACUUGCACUUCUUCCCAUGGCUCUCGACAGAACCACGCUUUCCACUGAUGGCAUCGAAAGCCAAGUGCCACACGUCGAGGAGCACGACUACUCGCAGAGAGCACAGUGGCUGCGUGCCGCCGUCCUCGGUGCCAACGACGGGCUCGUCUCCACUGCUUCGCUCAUGAUGGGCGUCGGGGCCGUGAAGGGUGACGCCAAAGCCAUGAUCGUCUCCGGCUUCGCCGGCCUCGUCGCCGGUGCAUGCAGCAUGGCCAUAGGAGAGUUCGUCUCCGUGUACUCGCAGCUGGAUAUAGAGGUGGCGCAGCGGAAGAGGGAGCAGCAGACGAAGGUUGAGGGGGAGAGCAGCGACGGGACGGGUGGGGAGGGGCUGCCGAGCCCGCUGCAGGCUGCAGCGGCAUCGGCGCUGGCGUUCUCGCUGGGGGCGGUGGUGCCGCUGCUGGCGGCCGGGUUUAUAAGCAGCUAUAGGGUGAGGUUGGGGGUGGCGGCGGCGGCGACCAGUGCUGGGCUAGUGGUCUUCGGGUGCGUCGGGGCGGCGCUGGGCCGAGCUCCAGUGGGGAGGUCGUGUUUUAGAGUGGUGGCAGGGGGAUGGUUGGCCAUGGCUGUGACCUAUGGGUUCAUGAGACUCUUCGGGUCCACCGUCUGAUGUGAGUUAACUGCGCGGUGAGCUCAGAGAUGCAUCAUGAAGUUGUCUUGCAAGCAGUCAUAUAUGUACCGUGUUCGUGCCAUGCAAGUGGUCAUCUAUCUACUGUGAUUAUGCUGGUUGAAUAAAUGUGGUGAAAUAAUGGUAAAACA